AUGUAUUUCUUCCUUUUCCAUUUAUCUUUAUCUGACACCUGCUUCUCUACAUGCAUAGCCCCUAGGAUGAUUGCUGACUCCCUUUUGAAGAAGGUCACUAUCUCUUUCAGUGAGUGCACAGUUCAAGUUUUUUCAUUCCAUUUUUUCGGCUGCCUGGAGAUCUUCAUCCUCAUCCUCAUGGCUGUUGACCGCUAUGUGGCCAUCUGGAAGCCCCUGCGCUACAGGACCAUCAUGAGUCAUCAGGUCUGUGGUGUGUUGGUGCCUGUGGCCUGGGUGGGGUCCACUGUGCAUUCUUUAGCUCAGAUUUUUCUGGCCCUGAGUUUACCUUUCUGUGGGCCCAAUGUGAUUGACCAUUAUUUAUGUGACCUGCGGCCUUUGUUACAACUUGCCUGUACAGACACUUAUGUGACCAACCUUCUCUUUGUGUCCAACAGCGGGGCCAUCUGCACAGUGAGUUUUGCCAUGCUGAUGCUCUCCUAUGCUAUCAUCUUGCAUUCUCUGAGAAACCACAGUGCUGAGGGGAGGAAAAAAGCCCUCUCCACCUGCAUCUCCCACAUCAUUGUGGUCAUCUUGUUCUUUGGUCCUUGCAUAUUUAUAUACACUCGCCCUGCAACCACCUUCUCCAUGGAUAAGAUGAUAGCUGUGUUUUACACACUUGGAACACAUUUGAUCAACCCCCUGAUUUAUACCCUGAGGAAUGCAGAAGUGAAAAUGCCAUGGGAAUGUUAUGGAGAAAGAAGCUGGUCUCAGAUGACAAAAGAUGAAUGGAAGUUUCAAAGUUUUCUUCAUAG